GCCGCCAUGGCCGCCAUGGCCGCCAUGGCCGCGGGGGCUCGGCCGGGCUGGGGCCGCUCCUCGCCCGCCACCGGCUGCGCUCUCGGUGUGACUGCGGCACGUCCCGUGCCGCCUCUCACACGCCCCCUUCUGUUCUCUCCUCCACCCGGGAAGGGCGAAGGCUCCGGUGCCGCCCGGCCAUGCUGGUCAGCGAGAGGCUGAAGCGCCUUUUGAGGCUGGUGCCCGGGGAGCGGCGCUUUGGCUUUUACAGGUUCCUGCCCUUCUUCUUUGUGCUCGGCGGAGCCAUGGAGUGGUUCAUGAUCAACGUCCGCAUCGGCAAAGAGACCUUCUAUGAUGUCUACCGUAGGAAACAAUCUGAAAGACUGUACAAGGCAAGGAUGGAGAAAGGGGAAUUUUAGCUGAAACUCUUCAAGGGGGAGCUCCUGAGUGCUUCAACUGUACAAGUGCCAAAGCAGCAGCACUGCCACGUUGAAGGUGGGGGAAGAUGUUGGCUCUGCAAGAUAAACUGUGAUCCACACGUUUCUGUAACACUCAGAUGGUUUGGGCAGUUCUGUUCUUCCAUAUCUGUAAUAUUUUUAUUUAAAUGAAGUUAAAAUUUCAUUGUAUUUGGGCCUCUGCCACUAAUUUAAUGUUUGUUUAGUGCUUUUAAAUAAACUGAGUAAACAGUC